GCAUAUAAAACUGCGCUCUGUUUAGAGGUAGUGCACACUACGUAGGGUGUAGAAAACAUGAUCUAAUACUGCCCACAGUGCACUUAUAAAGGACUCAGUGGGUUUUAACGGGAUACAGCCUGUAUCGUAGGCGAGAAUUAACAGCACUUGAGUUGCGAAGGGGACCAUAACGCCUGGUUUCUUUUUGGUGUAACGUUGUACUACCUUGUGUGAACGGGUUAGAAGGUUUAAAUGGAUUAUUUCUGUGUAUUCUUGUUGUGAAGAGUUGUGUGAAGCUGAGAGUAGAGUAGUGUGCGGAUAAUAUAGUGUCUUUUUUUUUUUUUUUUUAAAGCAGUGUGUGUGUGUGAAGUUGUCCAAUCAGAGUAAUUAUUAGAGUAAUUAGUAACACUAAUAGGUUAAUUAUAAGAAUGCACAUUAGUGUUGGUUUAGUUGUAGUGUAAAUAAGGAGCAGUUCAUGAUCAGACUAGGGAAUAUGACAGCUUAUGUAAGAUGAUAGAUACAGGGGUUUGUUUUCGGUUUAAACUUUUCACUCUGGGUAAAAAAAAAAACAAAUCCCAAAAACAUCAGUUUUCCGCAAAAUUAGCACGAAGAAUACAAGUAUGAAUGAAUCUAAUGCACUUUGAGAGGGAGAAUAGUGAUGAGAUCAUGUAAUGCAGUAGAGAGUGAGUGAGUAUAGUGUGUGUGUGUGUGUGUUUAUUUCUAGCAGAGCUGGUGCGUAAAGAGGCAUGGCGGACUCGGUGAAGACGUUCCAGGCGCAUCUGACCGCCGUGAUGGACAGCCUGGUGCGCGCGUCCGUGUGCGAGAUCACCAAGCUGUUCGAGGACACGGUGAACGACUACCUGGUGGAGAUCUCGCUCAACCGGAAGGAGAACGAGGCUUUGAAACUGCGCCUGAGACUCACCGAGAACAAGCUGAAGAACGAGCGGAAGUACGGGCUGGCCUGGGCGGCCAGUCGGCGCGCAGCCGGUCUGCUCGGUCCUGAUGAGACCGGCGCAGCAAAAAAGAGAAAGCUGGAGCCUAGUAAGCACAGGCACAAGUUCAUUACUACUAGAGGCAAGCAGGCCAAGGAGUGGAGCGGUGGCGCGUGGGAGGAGGGGGUUGGAGGAGCGAGGGAUGAGAGGAGGGACAAGAGGAGGGACGAGAGGAGGGACGUGGGCCGCACGCAUCCACCAACCACAGUGGAAGGAGAGGAGCAGGAGGAGGAGAGGAGACACGUCUCUGGGGAGAGAAAGGAGGUGGCCACUGUUAAGGAGGAGGAGGAUGUGUACAGGUGCGAGUCAGUGAGGCUGCUGCAGGAGGCGCUUCAGAUGAGCCAGACUGAAAGCAACACAGCACACGAAGAUUUGGAUCCUGUCUCUGCUGGUCCUGGAUCAGCUGUGGGUGAAGUGUGGGAGCAGCCCGAUCUGUCAGCCGGACCUACAAACAGUAGCGAUGAGCUCAGCGGGCUAGAGACCGCCUUAAAGGUGGAGUGCGAGAGGGAGGAGGCAGGAUCCACCCUGACCAGCCCGUCCCAAGCUGCGGACAGAGCCGAGGGUGUGGAAUUCAUCGGCCUGGACGGUUUGUGCAGCUCUCAACAGGACCCUGCAUCCUCAACACGUGAAUCCAACCCUGCCGAGUUAGGCUCCGGGAGCCAGGGAGACGACGAGGGGGAGGAGUCAGGUCGAGAGGCAGAGGACUUCCUGCAUUUCUGCCCUCGAUGCGGCGGUGGCUUUAACGUUGCAGCUGACCUGGCUGAACACGUGUGCCCGCUGACCGAGGAACGUUUCCAGUGUUCAGCGUGCGGCCGGGCCUUCGGUCACGCCUGGAGCUUGAAGAGCCACGAGUGCGUACAAGCGGGUGAGCAGCCGCACCGCUGUGAACUCUGCGGGAAACGUUUCACACACUCGCGCUCCCUUGAGCGCCACCAGCUGGUACACACGGGCGAGCGUCCACACCGGUGCCCACAAUGCGGCCGCAGUUUCAGCCGCCUCGGCAACCUAGAGCGGCACCAGCGCAUCCACACGGGCGAGCGGCCAUACGAAUGCGGGGCUUGCGGCAAACGCUUCAGUCGCAUCGAGUACCUCAAACGGCACCAGCAGAUCCACAGCGGAGAGAGAGGAGAGAGGAACCAGACACUCAGCGACACGGAGCUGAAACAAAAUCAGUGCUUCUCCAGCGCCUGAUCAACUGCUUAAUACUUAAGACCUUAAGACCUAAUUCUCCAUCCAUCUUUAAAGACCAAUGACCCAUAUUUCUAAAUGUCCUCAGUUCCUUGAAACUGUUUUCUCUUUUCCCCGCACACACACACACCUCAUAGGGCUGCACUACUGUAUACGUAUAUCAUUUAUUAAUCAUUAUUACAGGAUUAGCUUUUGUAGUACUGAAAUUUGAAAAGCCUAUGUAAUUUAAAUGAGCACAAAACUUUUUUUUCUUUUUCUUUCUUUUUUAUUUUUUACACUCUGUGAACCUUCUGGCCAUCUCAGAGCUUCCAGAUGUUCAUGGAACAUGGAAUCUGUGGCUGUGUUUUUGGGAAAACCUGGCAUUAGUGCGAUCCUUACGCUAACCCUUAUAUUUGCUAAUUUGGUGCGUCAUUAUUUGAAUAUGAAUUAAUGCAAAAUUUUAAAUGUCACACAUCACAGGCUCACCAAUUAUACAUUUUUAAAAAUAUAUAUAUUGCGAGUCAUAUCGCAAUCAACACAUGUAGAACCAUAAUCAUAAUGUCCUUUUUUUUUUUUGUACAUAUUGUACAGCCCUAACAUUCCAUCUCUUCCUAAACGUCCUAAAAACAGCAAGAUAGUAGAUCAGAUUAGACCACACUCGUUUCACACACGUCAGUGAAAGUACGUGUGUAAAAUGUUAUCCCGAUCCUUUAAAAAAAAAAAAAAAAAAAAAAAAAAAGUCAUACGCAGUCCUCUGCAUCAAACGAGCUCAAAUUGUGUUGUGCAUCACACUCUGUGUGACUCAUAGAGUCUUGUACAUCUUCCUCAGCCAGAGCUAGAUUAAAGUCCAUAUUUCACCUGGCAGGAAACAUCAGGUUUAGAACCUAAUCACUGGAUUUUACAUCACGUAUAGUUUGACACCUCACAUUAAGCCUUGUUUGAUUGGGAUUAGUGUCUCCGGGGAAGUUCUGGAAUGAUAAUUUUAUACGUCCCCUCUGUGAUAAAACUCUCAUGUUUGUUCAUAGUAAACAAAUUUCAGGAACGAGUUUCUAUGUUUGUUUGUUUGCUUGUUUGUUUGUUUGUUUUCUUCCCCCCUACAACACUCGAUGUGUGCAUAAAAGUAACUCCUACAAAUUAAGGAACCCUAUGUAAAACUAAUCCCAUUUGAAAAAGGUCCUCAGAAGUCAUUUGUAAGUUACUGAUCGGAUCAUAGUCCGCUUCUUUAAAACCCGUUCAACAAAACGUCCUAAAAUGAAAUGUAAAAAUAGGAUGCGUCCCAAUAUUGAGCAGGGGUCUCACUCAGGCUUCCGACAUUAUGCUGAAAUAGCGCUGCCUGUAUACAGUACAUAGGAGUUACGUAUUAAUCCCUAAACAGCAUUAAUGGGAUAAUUGUAAGUAUAUAAACGCAGAUUUGAGCCAAAAACAUGACCCAUGAGAUUCUCACACAGACGUGUAUCAGGUUGCCAAAGAAUCUCAAAAUACUGUGUCUGAAAAUACUUUCAUUAUUAUAGAUAACCGAGCCCUAGGAUUUGGACUAAUCCCUAUUGCUGUUACUACUCAUGUCUGUCGCUUUAAUAGCUACAAAUAGAAAGCGCUUGCUGUGAGGUCUCUGAUCAUCACAUCUUCAUAGGAUGAAAGAAAUUUCGAUUUCGUCGGAUUGAAUUUGGAAAUGUUAAAUCAGACCUGACAUUGAUCUAAUGUUCCAAGCCAACAUCUGUCUAAAUCCCUAAAAACUUCUCUUAGCUUAUCCAACAUGGCUCAUACUUAUAAAAACACGAAUUGUGUCCACGUCAUUCCUAAUUUUUUGACAAACACAGAUGUGGUUUGUGAAAUAUUAGUGAAUGUAUUUCUUCUUUAAAUAUAUAUAUAUAUAUAUAUGAGGAAUUAAAGAAUAUUUUCAGACACUGUAUUUCAGUUACUUUCUAAGUAUGAAAUUCUCAGAGAAAAAUCAUAAACUUUAACCCACUUCACUAAGACAGUUUCUGCACUUGUACAAUUGAGGUCAUAAGUUUACAUACACCUAAAACGUGUAAAUAUCUUAUGCAGCUUCUGAAAUGAACAAAGUAAGAUCUUUAAACAAAAUAAUUACAAUUUACCCCGAUCGUCCUGUUCAAAAGUUUACACCCCCUUUCUCUUAAUGUAUGGUGUUACCUUCUUGAGCAUCAGUGAAUGUUUGCUCCUUUUGUAAUAGUCGUGUAUGAGACGAGUCCCUCGGUCGUCCUCAGCGUGAAAAGAUGGAUCUCGACAUCAUAUAGUCGCUGUUAAAAGGAAAGGACUCAACUAUGUAGAAUAUGCUGGAUUUUUCUGAAGAACAGUGGGCCGUUUAACUGCUCAGGACAAACAAGGGACUCGUGAAGAACUCUCACGAAACAUAAACACAUCCAGGUAACGACACACGGGAUUAAGAAUCGAGCGUGUGUAAACUUUUGAACCGGUUCGUUUGUGUAAAUUUGUUUAUUAUUGUGUCUGGUGGACUUUAUGUAAACAUCUGUUAUGUGAAAUAGCUUCUUCAGGGUAGGACUAAAUAAACAACUAAAUGCAAUUUUUAUGUUCCCUCUUAUUAUUAUUUUAAAUUAUUAACAUUUCGCAGAUUCUGCACAGUGAAUGUAAACCUAUGACCUCAAUUAUAAAUCUGUACUGGAUUAUAGUUUCUCCUGUCUGAUCUGGGAUAUUUUCUUUAAACAUUUUAAACAGCAAGUUACUAUGGCACGACACGACGCUCAUUUACAUUCAGUGCAUUAAAACAUUAUUUAGACCCAUUCAUUUUUCUUUAUUUCAUUAGUUACAGCCUUAUUCUAAAAUGGAUUGCAUUUAUUUAUUGUCCUCGUCAAUAUGCAAAAAUAUCUCCACAAAACAGCUGUUCCAAGACCUCUGUAAAUAUAGGGGGGGGACGGGGGGAUAUAUUUGGGUAUCCAGACUCUUUGCUUUGACACUUGAAACAAAUCACACCUUUAUGAUAGAGCGUCUGAAGUGAAAUCACUCCUCAGUAAAAGGAACAUAUUCAGAAUUAGUACUUCUGUGUUUAGGUAGCUUGCUAGUUAAGCUAAUGUUGCUGAAUUUUGCACACUCUCAUGCACUGUAUUAAAACUGUAUCCUGAAAAACAGUAUCACUUGCUACUUAGAUACAAAACGCUUGCAGAAGCAAGUCAUUUUGUUGAAAAGGAACAUGUCAGUGGAUUAGAUGUUAGUCUUGGUUGUCCGUCGUAGCGACGAAGACCAAGACUAACAUAUAAUCCACUGACAGGUUGGAAUGAAAACCUGCACCCACACUGGCGCGUUCCAGAUAAGAUUGGACACCCCUGUAGUAGAUAUUUUCUGCUUUAGAAGGUGGACCACAUUCCACAAGGGGGAGUGAAAACCAACCGUCGACUUGGAAAUCAGAAAAUACAAAUUGUGUUGGCCUCAAAUUUUUGUUCAGAAGAAAAAAAAAAGGUAAUUUCCUGUUUUGUAUUUUAUUAUUAUUAUUAUUACUAUUAUUCAUUCUAACUGUCUCGAAAUUUAAGCACUGCACACCACUGACUACAUACUGGACCAAAAUAGAUCAUGGUUUAAAAUGUUUCAUUUUGCUAAAUAAAAUACUAAAUAAACUAUGAUAUAAUGGCUGUAUUUUAUUGUUGCCUUGUUGGAACAUGAUCUUUAGAUGGUACACGUAUUUGAUUUGUGAAGUUCCAAAUACCUGGGCACGU